AUGGCCCGCAGGCGGGUUCCGGGCUCCCCGGCCUCCAGACUGCUCAUCUUCUGCACGCAAUUCGCAGCAGCUGGAGCACGCCCACUUCUCGACAUACUCCGCCGUUGCUCAUUAAAUGCUUGUCCCACCACUACGACCUCAGAAGAUGAUAACAACAGCGAUCACGGUGGUUUCACGACGGCUAGUAUCGUGGGACUUGCAGUCGGCUCUGCGUCCGCCAUCUUCUUCCUCAUGUGGUUAUAUUAUUACUUUGUGUAUUACAAACAUGAGAAGCUCAAACUUCGGAGGGAAUAUUUGCAGCGCUUAGGAUCUCUCGAGGAGACGAUAACCCAGCAGGGACAGGCUGUUGCUGAGCCGAGCGCCGCGAGUGAGGGCUCGUCAGCAGGUACGACGAGACCGCGCCCACGGGUCGUGACAGAUCUUCCGGUUCAGAACUAUGGCCUUGCCACUCUGAUGUCGUCCUCAGCUCAGCUAUCGCCCGCCGUUUUCUCCGCCCUCCAGCGCGUCACACCAGGAGAAGCAAAAUCGCCCACUCUGACCGAAGACUUCAAAACGAAGGCCGCGAUGCCAGAAGAUAAAGUACUAGGUCACUGCAAAGAUAUCCGACACUCGGGGCACGGGUCUGAUGUCUCUGCCACAGACCCUUGA